AUGCCGCCUUCAAAGGACUAUACUGCGAAACAUUCUUUUAGCAGGUCAAAUUCUAACGGUGGGACCUAUAUGUCAGCAAAAGUGUACCACCCAGCCACGAAUCUACUACCACCUUCGCCACCACAGUCACCGACCGGUGUGGCACCAACUUUUCCAAAUCGACCAUCAGGCAACUGGAGUCGUCAGAAUAGCCAGAACAAUGGAAAG